CCCGCCUCUCCCCCUUCCGCAGCUGCUUUAACUAUUUUCGACACUCCAUUAAUGGCGGCUUCUUUCAUGCUCAGAUCUUCUUUCCUCUCUCCUCCUUCUCCCCAACUCCAUCACCAAUCUCCUCCUAAAUCCAAUCCCACUAUUCACUUCAUCAAUCCAAUCAAAGCCACCGCCUCUACAAAUGACGCAAUUAUCCCUCCCCAGAAACACCGCCGCCCUGCCGACGAAAAUAUCCGCGAAGAGGCCGCUCGCCGCCCCACCUCCUCCCACAAUUUCUCCGCCAGGUACGUGCCUUUCAAUGCGGAUCCAAGCUCCGAUGAAUGGUAUUCUCUCGAUGAAAUCAUCUACCGGAGCCGCUCCGGCGGCCUACUUGAUGUUCAACAUGAUAUGGACGCUUUAAAAAAGUUUGACGGUCAGUACUGGAGGUCACUUUUUGAUUCACGUGUCGGGAAGACGACGUGGCCUUACGGGUCAGGUGUUUGGUCUAAGAAGGAAUGGGUCCUACCCGAAAUCGAUAGUGAUGAUAUUGUUAGUGCUUUUGAAGGAAACUCAAAUCUUUUUUGGGCUGAGCGUUUUGGCAAACAGUUUCUAGGCAUGAGUGAUUUAUGGGUAAAACACUGUGGAAUUAGUCAUACAGGUAGUUUUAAGGAUCUAGGUAUGACUGUUUUGGUGAGUCAAGUGAACCGGUUAAGGAAAAUGCAUAAACCGGUUGUUGGUGUGGGCUGUGCUUCCACUGGUGACACGUCAGCUGCAUUGUCAGCUUACUGUGCAUCUGCGGGGAUUCCAUCGAUUGUAUUUUUACCUGCAAAUAAGAUAUCUAUGGCGCAGCUGGUACAACCGAUAGCUAACGGAGCUUUUGUGUUGAGCAUUGACACCGAUUUUGAUGGUUGUAUGCAGUUGAUUCGUGAAGUCACUGCUGAGUUGCCAAUUUACUUGGCGAAUUCGUUGAAUAGUUUGAGGUUAGAAGGGCAAAAGACUGCAGCAAUUGAGAUUUUGCAGCAGUUUGAUUGGCAAGUUCCCGAUUGGGUGAUAGUUCCUGGAGGGAACUUGGGUAAUAUAUAUGCGUUCUAUAAAGGUUUUAUGAUGUGCAAAGAGUUGGGGCUCGUUGAUCGUAUCCCUAGGCUUGUGUGUGCUCAAGCAGCUAACGCGAAUCCGCUUUAUUUGCAUUAUAAAUCCGGUUGGAAAGACUUUCAACCCGUGAAGGCGAACACCACAUUUGCAUCUGCUAUACAGAUUGGUGACCCAGUGUCUAUAGAUAGAGCUGUUUUUGCCCUGAAGAACUGUGACGGGAUAGUGGAGGAGGCAACAGAGGAGGAGUUGAUGGAUGCUAUGGCUAAGGCAGACUCGACUGGGAUGUUCAUUUGCCCGCACACUGGUGUGGCAUUGACUGCCCUGUUCAAGUUGAGAAACAGUGGAGUUAUCGGACCAAAUGAUAAGACCGUGGUUGUGAGUACAGCACAUGGAUUGAAGUUUACUCAAUCAAAGAUUGAUUAUCACUCAAAGGAAAUAAAGGACAUGGAAUGUCGGUUUGCUAACCCACCUGUGGAAGUGAAAGCAGAUUUUGGAUCAGUCAUGGAUGUUCUCAAGAAAUAUUUGUUGAGCAAAAAUGCCAAGCACUGAUUUGCUUUCUCAGUUAUAACAGGUUCAGAUGAUGGUGGACUAUUUGGGUUGCGCAUUGGAGUAUAGACUGAAAGUGCAGGCUGACAAAGAAGAAGAUGAGUUGAAGGGUAAGCAUUCAAAUUCUAGCAUGACUUUUUGUGUGAGUAAAGUGCCUGAUGAUCUAGCACCGAGCUAUAGACCCUGCAUUUUUUAUCCUUCAACUUCCAGUUGCUUAACAAUUGAGGGUGCUUAAUUAUCUGCAGCUCAUGCUAGAAGCUUGAAGUAGGUUUUUGGUUUGCUUUCAUUCCUACCUAUAUCUAUCCAAUACAGUUGGAGUAAAAAUUUUCUGUUAUUUUGCUUUUCAAAGCAUCGCCAUUGAGAAUGGAAGUCUAAUUACUCUUUAGUGUCAAAUGAUUGCUGCUUUGCCAUCAU